AUGGGCGGUGGAAUGUCGCCAGCUGAUUGUCCGCCUGGUAUGAUGGCAGAGAUGACCAACAUGGGCAAAGGCAGUAAUAUGAUGAUGACUGAUGUUGCCAAUGGCGGAAACAUGAUGGCAAGUGGUGGCGACACGAUGAUGGCAGAGAUGGCCAACGGUGGUAAUAUGAUGACCAACGGUGGGAAUAUGAUUAUGGAAAUGGUCAACGCUGGUAAAAGGAUGAUGGCAGAGAUGACCAACGGUGGUAAUAUGAUGGCCAACGCUGGCGGUAUGAUGGCCAACGGUGGUAACAUGAUGGCCAACGGUGGUAACAUGAAAAUGGCAGAGAUGGCAAACGGUGGUAACAUGAUGGCCAACGCUGGUAACAUGAUGAUGGCAGAGAUGACCAACGGUGGUAAUAUGAUGGCAAACGGUGGUAACAUGAUGGCCAACGCUGGUAGCAUGAUGGCCAAAGGCGGUAACAUGAUGACCACCGGUGGUAACAUGAUGGCCAACGGUGGUAAUAUGAUGGGCAACGGUGGUAGCAUGAUGGGCAACGGUGGUAGCAUGAAAAUGGCAGAGAUGGCCAACGGUGGUAAUAUGAUGGCCAACGGUGGUAAUAUGAUGGCCAACGCUGGUAAUAUGAUAGCUAACGGUGGAAGUAUGAUGCCCAACGCUGGUAACAUGAUGCCCGACGCUGGUAAUAUGAUGCCUAACGCUGGUAAUAUGAUGGCCAACGCUGAUAGUAUGGCUAUGAUGGCCAACGGUGGUAAAAGGAUGAUGCCAAUGGAAAUGGGCAAUGGUGGAAACAACAACAUGAUGAUGCCAAUGGACAUGAACAAUGGUGGUGGUGGUAACAACAUGAUGAUGAUGCCUAUGGAAAUGGGCAAAGGCGGUAACAACAUGAUGAUGCCAAUGGGAAUGGGCAAUGGCGGUAACAACAUGAUGAUGCCAAUGGACAUGGGCAAAGGCGGUAACAACAUGAUGAUGCCAAUGGACAUGGGCAAAGGCGGUAACAACAUGAUGAUGCCAAUGGACAUGGGCAAAGGCGGUAACAACAUGAUGAUGCCAAUGGAAAUGGGCAGUGGUGGUAACAACAUGAUGAUGCCAAUGGAAAUGGGCAAUGGUGGUAACAACAUGAUGAUGUCAAUGGACAUGGGCAAUGGCGGUAACAACAUGAUGAUGAUGCCUAUGGAAAUGGGCAAAGGCGGUAACAACAUGAUGAUGCCAGAUGCAAACGGAGGCAACAUGAUGACCAGUGGUAACAUGAUGAUGAUGCCCGAUAUGGCCAACGGCAUCAACGGCGGAGGAAACAUGAUAGCAAAUGGCGGUAGUAUGAUGGGACCAGAUUGUCCACCAGGCCAGCAGAUGACUCAAGGAAACAAAGGGAAAAUGAAUUAA